GUUUUUAAGCUACUUUUAGAACUUUCUUCAAUUUUUCGUUAACUUUGGAAAUAUGCCGACCUAUUUACGCGACAAGUGAACGCUUAGCGCUCGAUAGUAUCUGUUUCUCAAAUUAGCUUCUCUGUUGAAAAGUGCGCGCGAAAAAAGUUAGUUCGCUUUGGAUCCACGCUGGUCUUGUUUUAACAUUUUUAUGGUUUUUAGUAACAUCUUGCACGAAACCUAACAACAUUCGAGUAUAGUCUUACGGAAACUAAACGAAUAAUCGAGGAGUGUAAAGAGUUUUCCGCUUGUGAGCGUAAACAGUUUUAGAUUUAUGUGCGUUUUUGUGACAGUUUUUCAUUUUUUCGGGUGACAGUUGAGUUGAGAUGAAGAAGAGCAGAAGGAACGAGGAAGCUCCCCGACAGAACGGCUCUACCGGACGGGGGAGAGCUGGACAACGGCAAAAUGAUGAGGUGCAGGCCGGCCCUGAGGCCAGCCGGGCCGGUCUGCCGGAGGAAAGCGACGACAACGAUCUGGGUCGCAGGAGGGAAAUCCGGAGCAAAUACCGGGACCUCAUCAACACCGUGCAGCAAAACAGGGAGGACAUGCUGAGUCCAGCCACGGAUAAACUCACGGAGGUUUUGGAGGAGGCGAACAAGCUGUUCAAAGAUGUUCGCAGAGCGAGAGAAGCUGCGCUUGAUGCCCAGCUCCUUGUCGUGGCCACAGACUUGGGCAAAGAGAAAGCCAGCCAGCUGUUUUCAGAGGGAAGCGCCUUUGACCCCACUGCCUUUGCUGAGCAUCUUCUGUCCUUUAUGGGACUCAACCGACUGGAGGAUGGAGAUGAUGAUCCACAGAAUGGAGGUGGAGCUGAUGGCUACCUGCCCAGAGACGCGUGGCACAGACUGUCCAGAAGAGCAGAGUGUUGUUUCAGAACGGCUCCUUCCUUCCACUACAUGAUGGGGUCUUUCCAUGCAGAACCUCCUGCUCCAAAGCAGAAGACAGAACGACAAAGAAAAGCUCCCAGCAAAGAAGCCAAACGGAUCAUGCCGACUCAGCUGAAGAAAAUGGAGGAAUCCCAUCAAGAAGCAACAGAGAAAGAGGUUGAAAGGAUUCUGGGAUAUCUGAAGAUGUAUUAUGAAGAAGAUCCGACAUCUCCAAUAUCCUAUUAUGAGUUUGUCAUUGACCCCAACUCGUUUUCCAGGACGGUGGAGAACAUUUUCCACACCUCUUUUCUUAUCAGGGACGGCCUGGCGCGGAUGUAUCUGGAUGGUGACAAGCUGCCUUGUAUAGCACCUGUUGAAGAAGGAGACAUAGAGGCUGCAAGCUCCUCCAGCCGGAAACAGUGCAUCAUCUCCAUCAGCUUGAAAACAUGGAAGGAACUGAUCGAUACCUUUGAGAUCAAAGACUCCAUCAUUCAGCCUCCAGAGUCUCAGAACGAGUGACAUAAACCUCUUAUCCCAACA